UCUUUUAAGCAGGGGUAACCUGAAAUCAUAAGGUUUUCCACCCACAUCUGAAAAAUAUACAAUGAAGUGUUUACCCUAAACCCGGUGAAAUUGUGGCAUUGGUUUUUCUCCGGAGGGACGGGCUGAGCAGCUGUGACGGGGUGACUUACAGAAGCCAUCUCCUGAGGUGAGACGCUGAGCUACUGGCUGGAUGUGGAUGAGAAAAUGGAGGCACUAUGUUCAGUUCUGAACCAGGUCCGUCCCUGAAUGUGGAAGCCGUGGGAGAAUUUUGAAGGAUACUGGAAAGUGGUUUUUGCUCUGAAAUCUGGAUGGACCAUGUCUCCUCCAGUCCCUUCAGACCUGGGCUAUGUACCUCCUGAUGGUGGAUGGGGAUGGGCAGUGGUGUUUGGAGCCUCCAUCUCAGUUGGCUUUGCAUAUACCUUUCCUAAGGCUUUCACCAUCUAUUUCAAAGAGCUCCAGGCUGUUUACAGCAUCUCCUACAGCCAGAUUUCUUGGAUAACAUCCAUCAUGUGUGCUACCACCUACGGAGGAGGUCCCAUUAGUAGUAUUUUAGUAAACCGCUAUGGCAGCCGACCCGUGGUGAUAUUUGGAGGCCUGCUGUGUGGCAUUGGGAUGGUCUCAGCCGCUUUCUGCACCAGCAUCCUGCAGCUCUACAUCUGUGUGGGCUUCAUUACAGGAUUCGGUCUUGCUCUCAACCUCCAGCCAUCAGUGAUAAUCAUAGGGAAAUACUUUUUGAAGAGAAGGCCCAUAGCGAAUGGCCUUGCUAUGGCAGGGAGCCCUGUGAUGCUUUGCACCCUGGCCCCUCUCAAUCAGUUCCUUUUUGACAACUUUGGAUGGAGGGGCAGCUUUUUAAUUCUUGGGGCAAUUUUAUUAAACUGUUGUGUGGCAGGAGCUCUCUUCAGACCAAUCGGGGCAGCCACAGCAUCAGUCAAAACCCAGGUGACUGAGGAAGGGAAGGAUGCUCUGAAAGAAGAGGUCACUGAAGAUGCCAUGGAAAAGAGUAGUCCCACAAGUGUCCCCAUGGAGAAGAAAACAGAAGACGAAGGAGGAAAGGACUGCUGUGAAAAAAUCAAUCAGUACCUCGAUUUUUCCCUCUUUAAGCACAGAGGCUUCUUAAUUUACCUGAUUGGAAAUGUGCUUAUGUUCCUGGGUUUUUUUGCCCCCAUUGUUUUUCUGGCACCCUAUGCAAAGCACAUUGGCAUUGAUGAAUAUUCAGCUGCUUUCCUCCUUUCAAUCCUUGCUAUCGUGGAUAUGAUUGCCCGACCUACCACUGGCAUCAUUGCAAACAGCAAGUGGGUGAGGCCACGGAUUCAGUACUUUUUCAGCUUCUCCAUUGCUUUCAACGGCACUUGCCACCUUCUGUGCCCACUGGCUUCUGGCUACAUGGGGCUUGUUGUUUACUCCAUCUUUUUUGGCUUGGCUUUUGGCAUGGUUUGUGCCAUGCUCUUUGAAACGCUCAUGGACCUCGUGGGAGCUGCCCGGUUCACAAGCGCUGUUGGCCUGGUCACCAUUGCAGAGUGCUGCACAAUAUUGCUGGGACCACCUAUUGGAGGAACUCUUAUCGAUACCUUUGGGGACUAUAAAUAUAUGUUCAUUAAAUGUGGAGCUGUGAUGGUCCUGGCAGGAACUUUCCUGUUCAUCAUGAAUUAUUAUAAUUAUCAUAUGCUUGCCAACGAGGAGAAGGAGAGAAAGGCAAAGGAAGAUCCUAAAUCUGUAAGGACAGAAAAUGAAGGCAGAAAUAACUGGAACAAAGAAACUGCAGAAGAUGGGCCUGAGCUGGAACCUUUGAGAGAGGAACGAGAAGGACUGAAGAAGGAAGUGAAUGGCAUAAAUGAAGUUUAAACCUGUUCUCAUGGGCUGAACGGGACAUUGCUUCUGGGUUGCUUAAGUGAACACCAGCUGUGAAAUCACACUAGGUUUUUAAAUUUUGCUCUAUGCUGUGCCAUAUGCAUCCUCUUCUUUGUUGUAGGAUAAGACUAGAACAGAAACAAGUCUAGUUUCUUACAAAGUGCUGGGACACAGUGCAGUAUCCAUUUGCAUACCAAAGGUGCUAUAGCCAUUUGUCUUUAGGUAUUUCCCAUUUCCCAGAGGAGCUGAGUAAGGGUAUAACUUACACCCCACUUUUAUUCCCUGUACUACUGCUCUACUCAGCAAAAAGGCCAGUGGUCAGUGUCAAUGCAGAGCCCAUCCAGCAGCAGGAAUGAGCUUUGCAUUGAGUACCGUGGUGGCUGGAUUUGGCUGUGUUGACCACGCAGUCAGAACUCUUAGACUCUCUUCAACUGAUGUCAGAAUUAUCCCAGGGAUUUUGUGCUGAUUUCCACUGGCAGCUGCACCGUGACUUUCACCUCUAUCUCAUGGAAAUGUAAAAUAGACCUUACACUCAUCUUCAGUACAACAUGAGACUGGUGCUUCGACAGAACAAGGGCAGCACAUGCCUAGAAUGUACUAGGAAGCACGUAGAAAGGAACUAACUUGAAGUGGCUCAUCAUGGCUUGACCAGGGACUUUACCAGGGACCUCUGCAUUUAGCAAAAUGCCUUGAGAAAGGUAACGCUAUGCAGGGGGCCAAGCACAAAGGUGACACACUACAGGAGUCCUUCUUCCAGAUCCUUUGUCUGUGCAGACAGAGAAAAAUUUAGGACUAAAGAAAUUUAGUCUUAAAGGGCUCAAAAUUUGAUCUACAUUCGAACAGUGCAAAGUCUUUCAAAAUUUUCUCUAGAAGAUUACAAAGUCCUUAUCUAAUAUCUGAAUGCCUUACUAUUUUUAUCAUGCUUUUUCUUUACAACACCCUGAUGAGGCAGCAAGUGUUGUUACUACUAAUUAAUUGUACCAGUGAAGAACUGAAGCACGGAGGAGCUGUGGGCAUCAUUGCAUCAGUGAAUAAAGCUUAGGCAUGCCAGAGCUGAAAUGGGAUCCACUGCCCUGAGUUAGGUGCCUGAAAGCCCUGUUGAGCAUAGGUAUCCCCCCUGCUAGAAAAUAAAAAAUAGCAUGGAUAGUCAUGCAUUAAACCACAGCCCUCUCUGCAGUUCAAGCCUGCUUACUUUGUGCUUGAUACUACUCAGGGUUAAUGAUGUUAAACACUGUCUUAGAGCUGCGACCUUGUGCCAUAUGUUUUUUAACCUGGUUAAGUUGCAUCCAUCCUGGAGGGAACCUGAACACAGCUGCCUCCCCCUUAUUUGGGACGACUUAGGCACCUCCCUGUUUCUAGGGCUUUACUAUCUUGUGGCCUUAUGCUAUCCUGUUGCAUGAAAUAAAGUUUCCCAGGUCAGUGAUGCAGAGCUGGAGCUGAGAGGCCACGUAGGACGCUCUCAUCCAGUGGUGAUAAUUUUGAGCUGGGAAAACCUGGACUCUGACAGCAAACACUGAUGUAUUUUAUAAUAAGCAGACCAAGAGCCUGCUGAGCAUGUUAUCACAUAGUUGAAUCAUUGGAUUUAGCGCCAAAUGACUAGAUUAAAAACAAGGACUUUUCAGGCAGAUCACCCAAAUCUGAAGGUAACACCAAUCCAAAGGCUAGGCCUCCUUUUUCUUUGCUUCAGUGGUACCCCGAUGUGAUCAGAUAGUAUUUUUUCAUGACUUUGUCACUGGAGAACUGUAUUUAAUUAUCACUUGCGUAUACACAUGAAGAAUGGCUUGUAAAAAUACUUUCAUAAAUACACUAUACUCUUAGGUUUAGAUCACUCAUAUCUUCCUGUACAAAACCUUUUCUGUGAAACCUUUUUUGUUCCAGUAAAGAAUAAUGGUCUUUGGCCAUUGACUUCAGUAGGACUUAAAUUCUAUCCUUAUUUAGUAUCUUGUAUUUUCUCUGAAAAAAAACCAAAAUCUAUACAAUAUACUUAGGCUUUGUAGUGCUUCUAAUACUCUUUAUUUCUGUCAAAUAUAUGUAUCUGUGGUAUUUCAGUAAAAAAGGCAUUGAUAGAAGGUCCUGAACAUUUUCCAGUAUGCCUUCUGGAAGCUUUCAUAUACUUAAUAAAACUCUUCUAAAAACAUGAAA